AUGAUUACAUUUGAAAAUACGCUUUUCCUUCAGAAUAGUUCUAGCGGGGAGACUCGCGACACUUAUGAGGAUAACACGAGCGAAGAAAGGCAAGGAGCAGAGGCGACACAGGCAAGACGGCUGGAGAAUGAAAUAAAGCUACUUGAAAAAGAAGAGAGAGAGCGCAUAGAAAAAGAAAAGCAACAGGAGCAAGAGAGUUGCAGAGAGAAAUUCAGGCUACAGCGACAAAAGGAAAGAAAGGAAGAAGAAAAGAGAAGAGAAGAGGACGAAUGGAAAAGAUUGGAAUUGGAGACCGAACUUUGCCGACUUCGGUAUCAGUUGAAAAUGUACCAACUUGGUGACAAGAUUAACCUGGAUAGUUUCCUAGGACUGGAAAUUGAUGAUGUAACACAGCUCAGGAUCGGUGUGUUUGGCCCUGCCGGUUCAGGGAAGAGUUCCUUCAUCAACACAGUUGAACGAGUGGUGAGGCAAACAAACAAGGGUUCCGUCCCAGAUCAGUCCAGAGGAAAUGAGGGGACCAUUAUACUCCAGGACUACCUGCCAGAGCUAUUCUUUCACUUGGUGGACACCCGGGGAUUCGAGUACAACUUUGAUGAUGUCAUCGAGUUUCAAAAUGUUCUGAGUGGGAAAAUUCAGCCUGGUGAAAUCAUCGUUCGCCCUGAAAAAGGCCAAGUCAACAAACAAGAAAUGCAUCAAUGCCCAAACUUUGCACAAAGACUGCAUGGCGUUAUCUUUGUUUUCAAAGCCAGCGACCCAAGACUGGUCGAAGGGGAUUUUCAGGGAUGCAUGAAACCUUUUCUAGAUAUCUUGCGCAAAAGUGGUAUUGCACCCGUCACUGUAAUUACUCACUGCGACCAACUGAGAAGUGAGGAAGAGAGGGAGGAUGGUUUUUACUCUGCAAUUUGGGCCACUAAGAGCUCGCCAAGUCAUACAUUUUUGACGUGGAACUACACAUAUAACAACUAUGAACGAAACCUGGAAAUAGAACGAAUUGUAUUCGACAUAUUGCGAUAUGCACUGAUUACCGCAGAAAGUGCUGUAAAGCAAAUGAAGAAUCAGGAGAGAAACAGAAGGGAAGAUGACAUGAUGAAGGCACUGAAGGGCAUUUCAGUCAAUGGACAAGUGACACCCGACGCUUCAGUAGAACUGUUCCUACGUUUUCUCCAGAAGGAAUACAGAUGGAGCACAACUUACAUUGAAAGGAUAUCGCGCCAGUUAGUCAAAGAGAACAUAACAACUGUAAAUUUGCUUGCAAAGUGUUGGAGUCAUGUCCAACACUGCUUUCCCUCUGCCAUGCGCAGAAUGAUGGAGAAAGAGCUGAGAGAACGAGGGAUGCUAACUUGAACAAUUCGGUCUUCACAGGCCACCCAAGCUGAUGGCAAACUGCUCAGUUUAGACGUAUGUGUAUAUUUAUAUCUGCGUGUGUAGUAAAACACCUGCUUCUUAAUAGUUUGCUAUACAAAAUGAGCGGA